UCAAGCAUGUAAGAGAGGGACAAACCACGGAGAAAAGGGGCGUGAUUGAUUGAUGAAUGAUUGAUCGUGUGGUUGCUGUUCCCCUCCCUUGUGUUUAGUUAAAUGUCUGCACCAGAUGAAAGCUGCACACCGGGCCCCUUGCUGCUGUAUGUGGGCCAGCAGGACACCUCCCGUCUGCUGGAAGUGUAUGUUAAACGCAGCCUGAGCCUCAAUGAUGGACCAUCCAAUGGCAGGAGAGCUGGCGGGAAGCAUCGCAAGUGGGUCACACUGGCGGAGAGGAACAAGAGGAACCGCAGGCACUCUAGUGACACGUCUAUACCCCUCAUGGUGGACGCAGAGGAGCUUCCCAAUGCCGCAUUCAGGCCUGUCUGUGAAUCGCAGACGGAUGAGAAAGCCAGUGAUCAGAAGAACACGCUUAAGAAGAGGUGGAUGAGCUUCAGGGACAAGGGCAGGAGACCCAGCAAACUCUCCAAAAGUUCCAAACCAGCUUCUCCUGAGGGCAAGACAGCAGAGCCUGAAAUCACAGCAGUCUUAGACCUGGAGUCCUCCACAGAGAAAGAGGAAGAGGAAAUGAAGAGAAGAAGAGAGAAGAAAAGAAAAUCUAAAACUAAGAAGCCAAAGUCCUCCUUCUGGAAAAGCAUUCGCAGCUUCUUCUCACGUGGCGAUAGCGACACCGAUGAACGGGACCCCAGUCCUGUGAAAUCUGUGCACCCCCCCCAGGAGCCUGUGGAGACCAGGGGAGAUGAAGUCACGCUGCACCGCAAGAGGUCCACCAAAAAACGCCGCUCACGCAGGAAACUGUCUCUGAGGCUGUCGAUGGAUGGACGCUUCAUCAGCAGACCCCCAUCACUGGUGGUGGAUGGGUUCCAGAGAGUAGAGCCCACAGACUCGUACUAUGAGAAUGUGUCUGAUGAGCUGAAGAAGAUUGUGACUGAGGUGAUGGAUAGUCCCACAGAGGAGCAUGUGGCACUUGCUCCAAGCGUACUACCCGCUGAAACGGACACUCAGAGCUUGUCAACAGAGGAGGUGACAGACAAGCUCAUAGCCCUUAUCAAACAGCAAGGGGAUGUCCUGAAUGCAAAGGUGAAGGAGAGCCCCAGCCUGACCAGCUUCUUCCAGGGCCUGACCUACGGCUCCUUCCAGCAGCUGGCUGACCAUUACGUGCAGUCCGAGACGCCCGUGCAGCCUGUCGAGUACCAGGUGGUGGCGCCGGAGUUGGUCAAGCUGGCCUUCACGCUGGACUACACGGCCCGGGUGGCCAGCCUGUCGCACCACAGUCCCAGCCACAUCAUGGGCAUGGGCAACCGCUAUCUGCAGGACCGCUUCACAUACAUGACAGAGGCCCAGCCCACGAGCCCGAUCACUGAGCCCGGCCCGGGAAAGGUUCACUUUUUCACCUGAGACAAACACCUGCCAAGGAAUGUGAAUGUGAGAAACGUAGGGGAUUCCCUUCUUGGAGCCAGUUGGGUAAACUGAUGACAGAAAAUGGAGACAGACUGUGAAUUAUUACAGCACCUUUACUCAUCUGCUUGUAAUGGAAAGCAGUCGGAGGUGAAAAUAGUGUUUAAAAUAUACACAUCGCAGUGUGUGUAGCUCCGUACUUAUUCCAAAUGUGAAUAAUUUUCUGUAUUAUGUAUG